AUGGUCCGGAGCGAGACGGAAUGGGAUGCCGUCACCACCUUCUGCGAAGCAGUGAUGCUAGCGAAGGAGGUGGCGGAGCGGGAGAAGGAAAGAGCAACAGCUUUCCUUCCCGGCCGCCGCGGGAGACGCCCCGGGCGUCGGGGGCUACGUCGUGGCCCCCGACCACCGUAGGCGCGGGCCUGUGGACGGCGAGCAAUGGGUAGCUCGCCGUCCGUCCGUCUAACGACGACAGGCCGUGUCGACGGCGCGUUUUGUUCCACGCGCGCCUCAAAGAGCUGUCAGCAGCGUGAAGGGGCCCGCAAGGGCCGACGCCUGCCGGGGCUGCGGGCUGUUCGAAAGAGAUACCGCGGCUCCGGAACGUAAGGGCACUGAAGGAACACGGAUGGUUUUUAGUCAGUAAAAGUCUGACACUCCCUUCCGCUCCCUACUAAUAUUAUAAAUGCUAAAGUUUGUAAGUAACUAUCUUUGUUACUCUUUUACGCAAAAACUACUGAACGGAUUUUGAUGAAAGGUGACAAUUUAUUUUUAUAUGGAGAAUGGGCCCACCACAAAUGUUAAGGAUUCUUAAUGAAAUGCAUGUCGAUUUAUUCCUUAUAAUCUAUAGAUUAUAAUAGUAUUAUUAGUUUUACUGCAUCUAAGCGGAGUCCUGAGAAAUUAACAAUUAAUUUUUUUUAAACGUUACCACACUAAGAUUUUCUCCUGUAUCGUAGAGGCAGUUUACAAACACAAAUUGCACAAGGACAAACAUCCAGACCCAGAACAAUUAUUUGUAGGCCAUACAAAUACUUGUUCCGUGCGGGAUUCGAACCCGCGCCCCCCAUCGCAGCAUCUCAUUGCUAAGCCACGGAGCCGUCAAUAUGAAUCUAACAAUAACCUAAAACAAACUGAAUGUUAUAUAAAUUAUGUUUAUUAUCUAAUAUCAAUUUAUGUUAUAUAUAAUAUCAUUUGUGAUAGUCAAAUUAUUAAUAACAUUAAGACUUACGUCAUAACGUUAGAGUGAUAUUAUUUUAUGAAGAUUGUCGAUACGCAAACCAAAAAUAUAUAACUACCUAUUAAGUUUAGUAAUAAUAAUUGUGUUGUAUGGAAGAACAAUUAUAAAAAUAAUUUGUGACAAAUUGACACAGCUUUGUUCAGCUAAUUUGAAUUGCGUUAACACGAGUUCAAAAUCGAGUUACGUGAAUUUCAACUCGAGUUGAUUUUUUUCUGAGUUGGCACAUCUCUAAGACAAUUAUUUUUUAAAUAUUACAUUACCAGAAUCAAUUAUCUGAACACGAAUAUCAAAACAACUCAUUUUUUUUUCACAUUUCUUGAUUCCGUUUAAGUUUUCAAAAAAUCUUUAGACUAUAUUUAAUAAUAAAUUGUUAUCUUUUUUUUGUGUGUGUGAUUGCUUAAAAUUGCUCGUGGUCCCAAAAAUUAUUGUCUCCUUUGUCAUACAGAUUGAUCGUAUUGAUAAACUUUUAUUCUUAAAUUUUUGAUUUAUAUAUUUUGGACUUUGUCCUUUAUAUAUUAUUAUUUACUUUAUAAGUACGAAGAUAAUUAUGAUAACUAGUAAAAAUAUUGUAUGUUUCAGAUUGCAAAGUGGGAUGACAGAAAAAAAAUAUGUAGUGUCAUAUUUGAUGAGAUGGCCAUUGAAACUGCACUAACUUAUGCUGCUCACAAAGACAACAUUGUAGGUUUUGUCGAUUUAAAUGGUAAAAUCAAUGAAUUUGCAGAUCAUGCCCUCGUAUUCAUGCUACGAGGUGCUGUUUUUAAAUGGCAGCAACUAGUCGCCUUUUACUUUUGUGAAGGUGCAACAUCAAGCCUGCAAUUAAAAAAGAUAAUUAAAAAUAUCAUAUCUGCACUGACAGACAUAGGGCUUAAACCAAUUGCCCUUGUAUCUGAUCAAGGAUCAAGUUUCCAAUCUGCUGUAAACAGUUUAUUAGAUGAUACUAAAAGAGAACAACUUCGUGCUGGAGAGACAGUUGAUGACACCAUUCAUUUAAAUGGAAAUUCAUUAAGUGUGAUUUUCGAUCCACCUCAUUUACUGAAAGGGAUUUGAAACAAUUUACUGACAAAAGAUAUGAUGUUCGAGGGAAAGAGAGUGACAUGGAAUGAUAUUGUAGACGUUUACAAUGCUGAUUGCAAGUACGGUGAAUCAAGAAUAUUACAUAAAUUGACGGAUCAACAUGUAAUUCCAGACAAAAUUAAAAAAAUGAAGGUGAAGAAUUGUGUGCGCGUUUUGAGCAAGUCAGUAUCGGCAGCACUAUCAUAUAAUUCUGCUUUUCGUAAGUGCUUACCUACCUAUAUUUCAGUUUAUGUUGUAUAAUUUAUAAUGUGUGUUAAAUCGGUAUUUUUUUCUAAUUUUAGCUCUAUAUCCAGAUGGAAGUCCUAUAAGUAAAACAUUGAAAAACACAGCAGCAGCGGUAUCGUUUUUUGACGACUUGUUUGAUAGUGUCAAUGGAGCGAGCACAAAUGAGAAAAUGUCGAAAGGAAAAAAUCUGCGCAAGGUAGUAACACUUAAAUCAGCCCAUCACGAGUUUUGGAACAAAGCCAUUAAAAUAUUGCAAGGUAUAAAAUUUAUUUGCAAAGAUGGCACACUAAAAAGUGUACCUUCCUUAAAAAAUUGGAUCAUCACUCUCAAAAAUUUAAAAAGGGUGUGGGAGUUAUUGGCGUCGAAAAACAUUAAAAUUAUGAGACCUAGAUACUUCAAUUCUGACAUAAUAGAGAACUUUUUUGGCCAAGUACGAGCAUACAAUUACCGGAGUAAUGACCCAACUGCUUAUACUUUCAUAAAUACAUUCAAAUCAUUAUUGGUAACAAGAUUUAUAAACUUUCAUUCGGAGAGUUACAAUUGCGAGGAAGAUGUCAGCCAAGGCGUAUUAGAUAUACAGUCCCUUUUUGAGAAUGUAAAUAUUGCACCAUCAUCUGAUUCUAAAUCAGAUGCCACACCUGUGUGUAAAACUGUAGAAUUUGUUGUAGAAAUUUUUGAAGAACAGGCAAGACGAGAAAGGAUUAAUAUACACUCAAGGACAUAUACGGCUGGAUGGGUAACCAGAAAAAUUUUAUGUAAAAUCAAUUGCAAAGAAUGCAAACAUAGUUUACUGUCGGAAGAUAGCAAUAUUCAUGAUUUUAUU